AUGACGGACCCGCUUCUAUCGGGACUGCUCCUAAUGGAAGCGGGUCCGGGCUUCCGAAGCCACGUGCGUGCUGCUUCGGGCAAAAUUAAGAGUUUGCGAUCCGUCGACACUUUUCUUCCCACGCCAUGCACAACGUACAAAAAAAGAGAGAAAAACGUUAUGCUAGUGACAAUGAAGAAGAAUUCAUGGACAUCAAUCAUGUGUCAUGGGAAAAUCAUCGGCGCUAUGGGCGAGGAGCUCAUGGGCAUUGGCAAAGUUGUGAAAUCCAGUGAGGAAAAAAGUCCAAAGGUAAGCAUGAUGGCCUACAAGGGAAUCUUCGUCGUGCGACCUAAUGUCGACAUAGGCGACCCAAUCACGGAUAGCGCACCGCUGCAUCGCGACACGGACAAACACAUCCAUAUAAGUUUGACACGCUUAAGAACCAUUACAUGA